AUGCCAAAUGCCUUUCCUAACCUGUACCCAUAUACUCCCAUCCAACGGACACCUUACCCCAUAAAUAUUCACCCACCUACUUCCACACCUGUUACAGCUUCAACCACACAACAAACAACACGUUCAAACAACCAUACUACUGGUGAAUCAAGAGGAUGGCGGAACAAGCAAGAGAAAGUGCAGUUUGACCCAAUCCCAAUCACAUAUGCUGAACUCUUCACUCAAUUAGUUGCAAACCAUCUGGUGGCACCUUUAUACAUAGAGCCAUUAAAACCUCCAUUCCCGAGAUGGUAUGAUACUUUCGCCCACUGUGAUUAUCAUUAUGGAAUCGAAGGUCACUCGAUCAAGAAUUGCACGGCAUUCAAGCAUAAGGUGCAAGGGUUGAUCAAGGCAGGAAUCCUAAACUUUGAAAAAAAGCCGAAACAGAAUGUUAACAAUAACCCACUGCCAAAUCAUGCUGACGCAGGGGUAAAUGCAAUCGAAAGGGAGGUGUAUGUUAAAAGGAACAUUCGGAAAGUGGAAACCCCCAUGGAGAAAGUAUUUGAAGCCUUGGUAAAAGCCAAUAUGCUCAAGGUUUGGUCAGAAUAUCCUAAUGUGAAUUACUCGGGAGAUAUACAAAGACUAUGUUGUUUGUAUCACAAAGGAUGUGUGGGGCAUUUAAUCCAGGAUUGUAGUUCUUUCCGGAAGGAAGUGCAAAGAAUGAUGGACGAAUCAAGGAUCGAGUUUUACAUGGAAGCUUCAGAGUCAGCAGUAAACAUGAUAUCCAAGGAGUCCACUCACCCAAUGAAGAUAAAACCUUUAACCAUUUUCUAUGAAUCAAGAGGAGAGUUUGUAGGGGACAAAACCCAUGCCAAGAUGAUAAUCGAAGUCCCUAAACCUUUCCCCUACAAAGUUGAUAAAGCUGUCACAUGGAACUAUAACUGCAGUGUACAAGUUUCAAAAGCGGAGAAAUGGAUAGUUGAAUCUCAAGAUGAUGCUGCAAAUAUAAUUGAUGUUGGAGUGACUGAAAAAGAAGCUGCUGAGUUCCUCAAGUUCAUCAAACAUAGUGAGUACAAUGUGGUCGAGCAAUUGAACAGGUUACCCGCUCGUAUUUCACUACUAUCUUUGCUCCUCAGCUCGGAACCACAUAGGAACUCUUUGAUGAGGAUUUUGAACCAAGCAUAUGUGGAUCACGAUAUCUCAGUUGAAAAUUUGGACUACAUCAUUGGGAACAUUUCGGUGGGUAACAUAAUAUCCUUUAGCGAUGAAGAAAUCCCUUCUGGAGGUAAAGGAAAUUACAAAUCCUUGCAUAUCACUACCAAGUGUAAAGGUUGUACCGUCGCAAAGGUAUUGCUUGACAACAGAUUGUCCUUAAAUAUGAUGCCCAUGAGAACCUUGGCCCGUUUACCCAUCAACAUGUCCUACAUGCGAAAGAGUCAGAUGAUCGUGAGAGCCUUCGACCGAACAAGGAGAGAAGUAGUAGGGGACAUUGAGAUACUGGUAGAAAUUGGCCCGUGUACCUUUACCAUUGAAUUUCAGGUUAUGGAUAUCGCUCCUUCAUACAAUUAUUUGUUGGGAAGACCUUGGAUCUAUAUGGUUGGGGCCAUACCUUCAUCUCUUCAUCAGAAGGUCAAGUUCAUCGUGGAUGGGAAGAUUGUCUGUGUUAACGGGGAAGAGGACUUACUCAUAAGCAAGCCAGCAGAUACUCCUUACGUAGAAGUGGCAGAAGAAGUGCCUGAAUGUUCUUUCCAAUCCUUCGAGUUUGUUACACCACAUAUGUUGAAAAAGGAACCACACCGCCUAUUCCGAGGCUUUCCAAAACCACCAAGAUGGUUGUUAGUCAAAUAG